GCGGGCGCGGGCCCUUCCCUCCCCUCCUCGCCCCGCUCCUUCCGGCCCCCUGCACACGCGGAGCCUAGACCCUCCACCCCCAGACCUUCCAAGGAUGAUCAGGGAGGAAGGGUCGGGGGCAGAGAUUGGAGGAUGGAUGGGACAUUUGGGGAGACAAUUUUGGGGACAGAUGGGGACACUCUAGAGAAUUCAGGGGGCAUUUAGAGGGACAGUUUGGGGGAACAGUUUUGGAUGGGAUCAUUUGGGGGACAAUUUGGACGCUACACUGGGGACCUUUUUUGGGAAAAGAUAUUGGCAUUUGGAGAACAAUUUCAGAGGACAUUUGAAAGAUUUUGGGGGGAGGACACUUUGCGGACAGAUGAUGGGGUCGUUGGGGAAUGACUUUGGUGAACAUGUCGGGAAUUUGGGGGAGAUAUUUUAGAAUGCAUUUCAGCCUUGGGACAUUUGGGGGGCAAUUUUGGCAUCUCAGGGCAAUUGAAGAAAGCUAGAUGGCAGAGGAAGGUGCUGAGGGACAUUUAAAGGGAGCUUUUAAGGGUUCCUAUGGGAAGAUUUCGAAGUGUGGUUCAGAAAGACAUGGUGAGGUGAUGCUGGAAAGGGGCCUUUCACUAAGGGAUGGGCUGGGCCUGGGUUUAGAGGACAACUGUUUGGAAAGAUUCUGGGAGCUGAUCUGGGGAUGAUUUAAUGGUACAGUGCUGGCAGUGGGAGUGGGAUGACAGCCGGGGCCAUAGACCUGGGGGCAGAUGCUGGGGGGAUACUCUCUCAGGCCCCCACCCAGGACCACUUCCCCCGGCAGCUGCGGCUCAGCCCCACUGACCUUGGCUCCUGCCCGCCCUGCGGCCCCUGCCCCAUCCCAAAGCCUGCAGCCAGAGGCAGGCGCCAGAGCCAGGACUGGGGCAAAAGUGACGAGCGGCUGCUGCAGGCUGUGGAGAACAGUGAUGCCACACGAGUGGCUGCCCUCAUUGUCCGCAAGGGGCUGGUGCCCACGAAGCUGGAUCCCGAGGGCAAGUCCGCAUUCCACCUGGCGGCCAUGAGAGGUGCAGCCAGCUGUCUAGAGGUGAUGCUGGCACACGGCGCCAAUGUCAUGAGCACGGAUGGGGCAGGUUACAAUGCCCUCCACCUGGCCGCCAAGUAUGGGCACCCACAGUGCUUGAAGCAACUGCUACAGGCAUCCUGCGCGGUGGAUACUGUGGACAGCAGUGGGUGGACGGCCCUUCAUCAUGCAGUGGCUGGUGGCUGCAUCUCCUGCUCAGAAAUGCUCUGCUCUUUCAAAGCACAUCUGAAUCCCCGAGAUCGGUUGGGUACAACACCCCUCAUCAUAGCAGCUCAGAUGUGUCACACAGAUCUGUGCCGCCUCCUCCUGCAGCAAGGGGCUGCUGCGAAUGACCAGGACCUGCAGGGCAGGACGGCCCUGAUGCUGGCCUGUGAGGGGGCCAGCCCCGAAACAGUGGCGGUGCUGCUGCAGGGCGGGGCCCAGCCGGGCAUCACCGAUGCGCUGGGCCAGGACGCUACUCACUACGGCGCCCUGGCGGGGGACAAGCUCAUCCUGCACCUCCUGCAAGAGGCAGCCCAGCGCCCGUCACCAGCCAGCGAGGACGACUCAGGCGAGGCAUCAUCUCAGAACUCUGUGUCUAGCCAUGAGAAGCAAGGGGCUCCCAAGAAGCGGAAGGCACCUCAGCCCCCAGCCAGUAUCCCUGUGCCGGACGAUCAGGAUGCCUAUGAGGAGAUCGUACGGCUGCGACAGGAGAGGGGCCGCCUGCUGCAGAAGAUCCGGGGCCUGGAGCAGCACCAGGAGCGCAGGAAGCAGGAGCUACCAGAGGCAGAGGCCAGCUCCCUCCACAGCCUGGAGAGACAGGUGCAAGAGCUACAGCAGCUGCUGGCGGAGAAGCAGGAGGAGAAGGAGAGUCUGGGACGGGAGGUGGAAAGUUUGCAGAGCAGGCUGUCCCUACUGGAGAAUGAACGGGAGAACACCAGCUAUGAUGUGGCCACGCUGCAGGAUGAGGAGGGGGAGUUGUCCGACUUCCCAGGGGCCGAGGCGCUGCUCUCCAAGCAGAUAAGCCCGUCGGCCCGGGAGCUCUUGGCCGCGCUGCAGGAGCAGGUGGCUGCACUUACCAGACAGAACCAGGAGCUGAUGGAGAAGGUCCAGAUCCUGGAAAACUUUGAGAAGGACGAGAUGGAGGCUGACGGCUUGGCCGAGGUCAUCCCUUUGGCUCUCUAUGACUCUCUCCGGGCUGAGUUUGACCAGCUUCGCAGGCAGCACGCCAAGGCCCUGCAGGCGCUGGAGCAGCAGGAAGCACGGGAGGCCCCUGGGGAAGACGAGGCAGCCCCUGGGGAAGGCAAAGGCUUGGGAGCCAAGACCAUCAGAAACGGGCCAAUGGAAACGGAGCUGAACGGCACUGCAGCUCCGGAAAUCAGGGUUAACGGGGCCCAGACCACAGACGAGGAGGCUGCAGGAGCUGAAACCAUGGGAGCCAGGUCUUUGGAAGCAGCAUCCACGGUGGCUGAGGCCACGGAAACAGGGGGUGAGGGGGCCGAGGCUUUGGAAACAAAGGCCAUGGAGAGUGAGGUCACAGGAAUGAAAACUCUCGAAGAAGGAGGAAACCCGGAAGCAAAGGCCGCAGGAGCAGGGGCCACAAAUAUGAAAGCAGAGGAACCAGAAAUGAAGGCCAAUGGAGUGGGUGCUGUGGGGGAAGAGCUCACCGGCACACAGACCAGAAAAAUGGAGGCCACAGGACUGGAGGCCACGACCUCCAGGGUCCCCACAGGCCCCGUCCUGCACCCUGGUGCUGCCGAGGCCUCGGAGAAGUUGCAGGCCGAGCUGGAGACCAGGAUCCGCAGCUUGGAGGAGGCGCUGCGGCAGCGGGAGUGGGAGGCAGCGGCCGAGCUGGAGGCGGCGCACGGCAAGUGCGAGGCGGCCGAGGCCGAGGCGGGCCGCCUGAGGGAGCGGGUGCGUGAGGCCGAGGGCACCGGGACCAAGGGUCAGAAUCUUUGGGGUCCAAAUGUCCUCGGGGUCACACAUGGGCUUGGGCCGCAGGUGCAGCGGGAGGCGCUGUUCAUGAAGAGUGAACGGCACGCGGCUGAGGCCCAGCUGGCUGCGGCGGAGCAGCAGCUGCGCGGGCUGCGGACCGAGGCUGAGCGGGCACGCCAGGCCCAGAGCCGCGCGCAGGAGGCCCUGGAGAAGGCCAAGGAGAAGGACAAGAAGAUCACUGAGCUCUCCAAGGAAGUCUUCAGUCUAAAGGAGGCACUGAAGGACCAGCCGGCGGCCAUAGGCGCUUCCGAGGUGGAGGCCCUCCGUGGCCAGGUGAAGGCUCUGCAGGAGCGGCUGGAGGAAGCUGCCAGGGACCACAGUGCAGUGGUGGCUUUGUAUAGGAGCCACCUCCUCUACGCCAUUCAGGGUCAGAUGGACGAAGAUGUGCAGCGGAUUCUGAGCCAGAUCCUGCAGAUGCAAAGACUCCAGGCCCAGGGCCGCUGAGAUCAGAGCCCUGCCCUCUGCCCACAGGCCCCGCCCUGGGGUGUCCAGACUCACGCACUGACCACCCGCACUUGGAGACCGGCCAGGGCCCCUUCCCGACUGUCCCUCACUGUCCGCGUUGCCCCUUGGUCCCUGCACACCCUGGUCAGUGUAGACUCGGGCUCUGACUGUGCCCCUGACCCCCAACCGGACAAUCUGUGUGUCCCCUCUCCCACGUCCGGUCUGGUCACCGGGCGCCACCACAGGAAUAAAAGCUCACGGAGCAGAGGAUGAAA